AUGUUUCAUAUCUAUUAUGUCACUCAGCUGUGCUUUCUCUAUCGUUUUCUUCAGCUUCCAAUGGACCAGCGUUCUUCAUUCUCCUUUUUCUUCAUAAAAUCGUUAUCUUCUCUCCAUAUUGUCUUCACGGGUCUAUGCAACUCUAGUGUAUUUUAUUUCCUCCUCUUUCUUUUUUCCUUCUUUCUAUUUUCUCUUUUUUUCUCUCUUUUUCCUCCAUUUUUAUUCUCUUUCCUCCCUUUUAAAUCUUUCUCUUACUUUGUCGUCUUUGCCUUCCUCUUCCUUCCUCGAAGUGGACGUCAUGCCUCCGUUCUUCUUUCGAAAGGGCCUGAGUGUCAACGCUGCGAUCUACCAGGAGGUGCUGAGGAGCGUAGUGAAGCCCUUGAUGGGCAAGAUCGCCGCCAGACGCCCCUACAUAUUUCAGGCUGGACUCCGCUUCUGCACACAAGGCCAAGACGACCCAGGUGUGGCUGCUCAACAGUGUUCCUCACCAAUGGCCGCUGGACUUGUGCACGCCUUCCUCACCUGACUGCAAAUUCCUUGACUAUUUUUUUCUGGGGCGUGAUCGAGGCCAAGAUCAACAAGUACGCCCACAAAACGGUCGACUCUCUGAAGGCUGCCAUCGUGGAGGUGAUAUCUAUCUAUCUAUCUAUCUAUCUAUCUAUCUAUCUAUCUUAUGUUCCUUUCUCGGUCUAUAUCUGUAUAACUGUAUAA